GACCUUGAUAUUAAUGUCAAUGGAGGAUACCGAAUUGAAGGUGCGAAACCGAUAUGAUGAGUUCGCCGAGAGGCGUGCUGCUGCGCACGCCAAGUAUGGAUGCUCUCCGUCUGCAGAGCAGACGCAGACUGAGCGGCCGCUUUUGAUCGCACCUCUGUGGAGCAUCUUACCCUCCGACUUUGAGGACAGCGCGCUAAUCUUAACCCAAAAAAUUGAGAAGCUAAGUGAGCUGCACCGCGCAUUCUUGAGACCCAAGUUUCGCAGCGAUGAGGAAGAGAAAAGACUUCGCGACGAGAUUGACCAACAAACGACGGAAAUUCAAGGUUUUCUGAAGAAACUGGAGCAUAUUCUUGUGGCUGGCACACAGAAUAAACCCACUUACUCUGAGGAAGAGAGUCGAAUAGUGCGCAACAUACAAUCCCAGCUAUCGACGCGCUUCAAGCAACUAGCAACACUCUUUAAAACGACUCAAGAGUAUUUUGGCACUCAACUGCGUCGCCGUGAGCAGAAGUCUAGUAAAUACAUGAAAAUUGGAAGCGACGCGGCAUACGAAACGGUAAAGCAAGAAGAGAAGAUGGCACACUUUCUUGAAAUGGGCUUCACGGAGCAGGAUGUGCAGUCGCUGCUGGUCGAGGAGAUGCGUCAGGAGCAAACAAGCAAGGAGAUCAAAGAGAUUCUUGAUAGCAUUCAAGAAAUCCACAGUAUGUUUGACGACGUGCACAACAUGGUAGUCGAUCAAGGAACGAUGCUAGACCGUAUCGACUUCAAUGUUGAUAAGGCACUUAUUAGCGCCUCAAAAGCGCAAAUUGAACUGGAGAAGGCCAGAGAGCGCCAAAACAGUUGUACAGUUAUGUGA